UACAUACAUAACUCAAUAACCAUGUUUAGAUCGGCCGUCAGACUUCUUUCUGGGGGAAGAGCUGUGUCAGAAGCUGCCGCUUCUGCCACCACAACCGCUCCCUCGGUGCCAAUCACCACCGCCGCCAAGAUCCCAAGACCGGCAGACAUGUCUAGAACUCGUCGUAGAAACAUCAUCAAGAAGGAACAAAGAAUGAAGAGACAAAUCAUCAGAGACGUCAACAAUGUCAAGAAGAUGGAGCUUAAGAACCGUCAGUACGACGUGGACCCAGUUUUGGGUGCCAAGCAGAAUGAUUUCAUGCACAGAAUCAGAGCAGAACUUCAAGAAGGUACCAACAUGGCCCAAGGUUAUGAACAACUGGAGCUUGAAAAAUUGAUGUAUGGUGCUGAAAAGGCUGCUCUUUCCAAGAGUGGAGGCAACAACAUUCUCCACAAGUCGAUUACCGAGCUUGAAGCCAAGAAAAGAUCCGCCAUUCUCACCAUUCUUAAUAUCAAUAACACCAACGAAAACGACAAGAAGGAUUUGGCUGUAGCCAUUGCUCGUAAGGAGUUCCAAAGACACGAAGGAGACACUGCCUCUCCAGAAGUUCAAGCAGCUGUAUUGACUGUCAAGAUCCAUUUCUUAAUGGAACAUGUGAAAAAGAACCCAAAGGAUCAUCCACAUACUCAAAGAGUACGUGAAUAUGUACAAAGAAGACAAAGAAUUUUAAAAUAUUUGAAGAAGGAUCAACCAGAAAACUACUUCUACACCAUCAAGAAGUUGGGAUUGACCGACGAUGUUGUGGUUCGUGAAUUCAGCAUGAGUAGACAAUACUUGCAAGAUUACAAGGUCUGGGGUGAAAAGCAAUUGGUCAAGUUGUCCGACAAGCAAAAGGACAAGGUUCGUAAGAUGGAUGAACUUCAAAAGAAGGUUGCUGGAUACGCGGUGUUGGCAGAGAGCAGAGCCCGCGAGCUCAAGGCUGUUGCUGAGCAAAAGGCUGAACAAAGAGCUCAAAAGAAGGCUGCCCAAAAGGUUGCUGCUUCCCAGAACAAGGCUUAGGAUAGCCUAUUUUCAUGUACAUACAACGAAUAGACAAAGAAGAAAUAUAGAUGUAGAAUACUUCUUGUAGAGUAGAGGAGUAAUAACGGAGUAGGGACAUUCCCUAUGGGGUUUGAGAGCCGCUAUGUUGGCACUCCGUUGGGCCACUGAACGUGGGAGGUUUUGCUUUUCUGCAAGGAGGUCAUACACGGAAGAGAUCUAGCCUUGGAUCAAUAUAGUUUCCUAUUUGAUCUUGUAAAUAUACAUUAUAAUAUACAGUUAAUGGUACACGGAGAAUUCAAAAGAGAAUCCUAGAUUGAGGCAGAACCGGAACCGGAAUAAUAUGUUCUUCAUAGUCAUUUAGAUUUCCUUUUC